AUGGCCUUGAUAAAACGAAUCGUAUCAAGGGGAAGGUCGUGCUAUGUCGUCCAUGCAAACGAGCAAACAUUUCUUCUUGAUUAUCCAUCCAGUGUGUAUGGAGCAUGUAUUUCGUAUCCGUCAUUUGAUAAAAGUUCCAGGCCUCUGAAACUUGCACUCCCAAGACUUACUGACGACAUAGACUAUGUGCUUAUCACCAGGUCUGACUCGUUGGGUGUCCUCUUUAUGCAGAAAGAUGUUCCAAUAUACAUGACCGAACCGGUUUUUGAGCAGAUACUGAUGAACUACCAGUCCAUUCUGAAUCUCAGGCUGCAUUACGAGGAGGACGGAGACGAUGGGGUGCUUGUUACCAGUGCAGACAUUGCAAGAUUCAGACGGAAUGUAAGGCUUAUUAGGUUCGAUGAGAUAUGCCGUUUUAAUCAGGUCCGUGUUAUUCCUCGCUCGGCAGGAACAUUUAUUGGAUGGGCAAGCUAUCUUAUUGAGCUAGAGAACAGAAAGACACUGUGCUAUGUUUCAUCACUAUCGAGCAAAAAACGAUUUUCAUUGGACGCAGGCAGUAUUUCUUCAGAUUACUUGAUAGUGAACACAGACAAACAGCCAGAUAUCCAUGAAAUUGAUGCAUUUUCUGAUUGUAUAAAGUGUUUGGAAACAGAUAUCGCUGUUAUUCCUGUUGAUCUCACAACAUUACUCCUGGAAGUGGUGUUCCAUGUCCUAUCGUUGCUGCACUUGAAAGACAGCAUUCCCGUCUACAUUGUAUAUCCGCUGUUUGAUCGCUUCUACACAACAGUUGGCAUCCAAAAUGACUGGCUAAACAAAUCGUUCUCAUCUAUCAAGGAUCCGUUUCCAAUCAAAGCUUACAAAAGGCUUCAUGUACUUACGACGAUUGACAAGCUUGCAACAAUAUCUGGGCCUGCUGUUGUAUUCUGUAGUCCUUUGGAGUUCAGCCUUUAUCCACAAGGAGUGUUUGAAACCCAGAAAGUUGUGUCAAUCAACAGGGUGCUAGAUCAAGCAGACAUGCAUUACGGCCUGAGGCUUGAGCUUGAUCUGGAAGAGAUAACUUCAAUGCACACCGGAACAAUAAUACAUGACACUGCCCCAAACCGGUAUUUGUACAUUGAUACAACAUGCAGGUACUUCUAUCUGUCCAUCGAUGGAUGCAAAACACAGGUAUAUGCAAACGAAAUGUAUGUUCAUGGAAAGCUAAGGUUUAGUGACAGGCAAACCGCCACAGAGACAAAAAUGGAGCUGGUGCAGGAUAAAUGCAAGAUAACCGACUUAUUUGCUAACGAGCCGUUUUUCUUCAACAACGGGCUGUACUACUUUCCAAGAAAGAACCUUAAGAUAGAAAUCAGUAGAAACAGAGUUAGGAUAGAAAAUAUAUCAAAAUAA